AUGGUAGCUGUAAACACCACGGAUGGAUUCACAGUCCCUAGCCCGAGGAGGUCGGCACGUUUGGCCACCGUGGAGCCUCUGAGCCCACAAAAGAAGAAACCAAUGAGUCCUACGGAGAAGAGGGCCCACGACUUAAGAAACACCCCUCGAGAUGACAUGGACUUGGACGUGGAUGUUGCGGACAAGGAGAACACGGCUACGGCGGGGACUAACGGUAGUGAAACUCGUGUGACGGCUAGUGAUCAGAUGGAUGUGGAUCUGUCUGGGCACAUUGGCCUCACCAACUUCCUGGGUAUAGGCACCCAGGAGGCCUGCGAAUUUGAGUUUGGGAAUAUCUCCCCCUCAGACUUGAAUGCAGAGCAUCUGGAGGUCCUGGCUCAGAUGUCAUCCACCCCACACCCAACUGGGUCUCCUCCCAAGACUCCACCCUCACAAAAAAAGUCUAGUCCCAAGAAAAACAAAGGGAAGAAGAAAGCAGCUUCGCCGGUCCCAAGCAACGACAAUAGCAUUGGCUUCAGUCCCUUGUCUGAGUCUCACACUGGAGAGCAGCCGAUGACGUCAACCCCGGCCGCGCAGACUGGGGAGUUGCUGGAAUUUGACUUCAACACCCUUGGCCAGUCAAAGAAGGCUCUGCCUAGCGACUUGGAUGCUCUUGUGAAUGAAUUGGUCCCAAUGCAAACGGCGGCAAACGACACUCGUCCCAUCGACAAGGAGCCUGCUCCAGUUGAGUCAAACUCUGCCCCUCAUCUGCCGAAACCCAUACCUCGAAAGAAACAGGUCAGUCUGUUCAUGCCGCGCUCCCUCUCGAAUCAGGUCCGCCACAAUCUGCCGGGGGAAACUCAGACAUUGGCUCAAUUGGACCGUGAAAUGCAAACGAUUCAGCUCCCGGACGCAGCAGCAUUGGCUUUGAUGAGUGUGAAGGAACUGCAAAAGAUGAAGGAAUCUUGUGAGUGUCUAUUCAUCAGCUACAAUCUGCUAGAAGAAUACAAAUCUGACUUGUUCCUGGAAUUGGUCUGUAAACAGUGA